AUGUCCUUCGAACAGCAAUCGUCCAGCGCGACAGCACCUACCCUUACCCUCCACCACCUCGAAAACUCGCGUUCUCAGCGCAUUCUUUGGCUUCUCGAAGAGCUGGGGGUACCCUACGACCUCAAAAUCUACAAGCGUACGCCGGAGAAACGGGCGCCAAAAGAGCUUUUCGACGUUCAUCCUCUGGGGAAGUCACCCGUCCUAACCGAUGGGCCCAAGUUGACCUUGGCGGAGAGUGGGGCUAUCGUCGAGUAUCUAAUCAGUCGAUACGGGAAGGACAAGUUCGGGUUGGACGAAAAUUCAGAUGCUUGGGUUGAGAAUAUGUACUGGGCCCACUACUCGGAAGGAUCACUACAACCUCUCCUCACGAGACGAUUCAUCUACAAAAUCGUACCAGAUAGAACGCCAUUCUUAAUCCGACCGGUCGCGCGUCUCCUGUUCAACAACUUGGAUUCCGUCCUCAUUGCGCCAGAACUCGAGAAACACGGGAAGCUGAUCGAAUCGAGACUCGAGGAAGUUAGCUCAACGGGAGGAUGGCUAGCUGGGCAAUCGCACCCUACAUCCUCGGAUUUCAUCCUAUCUUUCACGCUGGAAGUCUUCACCCUCGCCGCACCCGAGUACGCAGGUCCGAAGACGAAACAGUACGUCGAGAAGAUCAAGUCGAGUGCUGCCUACCAACGGGUGAGUUCCAUCUUUGAUUCCAUUUAG